CUUUCGGACAAAUUCCCGGCAAGUCGACAAAAAGAAAAAGUUUCAUUCAAGGUCUAUGAAGUUGGAAAAAGGGCAAAUUUCUUGGUUAUUUAAAACUACUUUGCUGAAAUGAAAAUGCACCUUACAUCAGCAGCUGGUAUUCUAGCACUUCUUGAGGAGGGUGAAUCAGAUCUUAAGGUUUAUGCCCUUGAUAAACUCAAUGCUAUUGUUGAUGACUUCUGGGCUGAGAUCUCAGAAUCUGUCGGCAAAAUUGAGGUAUUAUAUGAAGAUGAAACUUUCAAACAUCGGCAGCUAUCAGCCUUAGUUGCAUCAAAGGUUUACUACCAUCUUGGWGCAUUUGAAGACUCUUUGAUGUAUGCUCUUGGUGCUGGUCCUCUUUUUGAYGUAAAUGGACAUUCUGAAUAUGUAGAAACCACAAUAGCUAAGUGCAUCGAUCAUUAUACACAGCUCAAACAGAAGCAGGCAGAAAACCCUGAUGAGAAGGUUGAAAUUGACUCUCGGUUAGAGUCCAUCGUGAAUAGAAUGUUUGAAAGAUGUUUUGACGAUCACAAAUUUAAACAGGCUGUUGGUAUUGCAAUAGAGACUAGAAGACUGGAUAUUUUUAAACAAGCAAUUCUCAAAUCUGAUGAUAUCCAGGGAAUGUUGCGUUACAGUUUUAAAGUGUGUAUGACACUAGUUCAAAGUAGACAGUUCAGAAAUGAGAUUCUAAGAGUGCUUGUUAAACUGUAUUUAGAUCUAAAAACUCCAGAUUACAUCAGUGUCUGUCAGUGUUUUAUAUUUUUGAAUUAUCCACAAGGAGUAGCAGAUAUUUUAGAAAARCUUGUCAAAGACAAUGAGAAGGACCAAACGUUAAUGGCCUACCAAGUAGCCUUUGAUUUGUAUGAGAAUGCUACUCAGCAGUUUCUAUCAAUUGUAAGCCAAGCUCUUCAAGCUUCAAUACCUUUUGCAUCCAGUGGACCCAAAGUAGACAGUAAAAAUGAUAAAAAUGGAAUUUCAGAAAAAGAUGGUGAUGCACCAAUGGAAACAGAUGAAUCUGAGAAAAAUGCCGUUUCUGAUAAAUCGAAAUCAGAAGUUCCUUUGAGUGAAACUGAUAAGGCACUGCAGGACAAAAUCAAUAAGUUGGUAGCAAUACUUGGAGGUGAUACAUCAAUUGCUUUAAACCUUGAAUUCCUCAUCAGAAACAAUCAUGCAGAUUUGCUUAUACUGAAAAACACCAAGGAUGCUGCAAGAAAUUCAGUUUGCCAUAUGGCUACUGUUAUUGCCAAUUCAUUCAUGCAUUGUGGAACAACUAGUGACACAUUCCUAAGAAAUAACCUUGAGUGGUUAGCAAGAGCAACAAAUUGGGCCAAGUUUGGUGCUACAGCCAGUUUAGGUGUUAUUCACAAGGGUCAUGAACUAGAUGCUCUCAAACUCAUGUCUACAUAUUUACCUAAAGAUGGCAGYGGYGGCAGUGCAUACCAAGAAGGUGGUGGUCUUUAUGCACUGGGUUUAAUCCAUGCUAAUCAUGGUGGUAAGAUUACAGARUAUYUAYUACAGCAACUCAAAGAAGCCACCACUGAUAUGGUUCGYCAUGGAGGUUGUCUUGGUCUUGGACUUGCAGCAAUGGGCACAGAGAGACAAGAUGUAUAUGAGCAACUUAAGUUCAAUCUCUAUCAAGAUGAUGCUGUGACAGGUGAAGGUGCAGGACUAGCCAUGGGACUUGUCAUGUUGGGAUCAAAGUCAGCAGCUGCCAUUGAGGAUAUGGUGGGGUAUGCACAAGAGACACAACACGAGAAGAUUCUAAGAGGUUUAGCAUUGGGAAUUGCAUUGGUCAUGUAUGCAAGAAUGGAAGAAGCUGAUGCUUUGAUUGAAAGUUUAGCUCAAGAUAAAGACUCCAACCUUCGUCGAAGUGCAAUGUAUACUGUAGCCAUGGCAUACUGUGGAACUGGCAACAAUAAAGCUAUYAARAGACUACUCCAUGUUGCUGUAAGUGAUGUAAGUGAUGAUGUCAGACGAGCUGCUGUCACUGCUCUAGGAUUCUUACUAUUCAGAACACCUGAGCAAUGCCCAAGUGUUGUGUCCUUAUUAUCAGAAAGCUACAACCCUCAUGUACGAUAUGGUGCAGCCUUAGCCCUUGGUAUUGCCUGCGCAGGAACUGGUCUCAAGGAGGCUAUAAAUCUCUUGGAGCCAAUGACAAAUGAUCCAGUGAAUUAUGUCAGACAGGGUGCAUUGAUAGCCAGUGCCAUGAUWCUAAUCCAGCAAACAGAACAUACUAGUCCUAAAGUCACAAAGUUUCGUGAAAUAUAUUCCAAAGUAAUCAGCGAUAAGCAUGAAGAUGUCAUGGCUAAGUUUGGUGCUACCCUUGCCCAGGGGAUUAUUGAUGCUGGUGGGCGUAAUGUAACAAUUUCUCUCCAAUCACGUGCUGGCCACACCCAUAUGAGUUCGGUGGUUGGUGCUUUGGUAUUUACACAUUACUGGUUCUGGUUUCCUUUGUCGCAUUUCUUAUCACUUGCCUUUACACCAACUUCCAUUAUUGGCCUCAACUCUGAUUUAAAAAUGCCUAAGAUGCAAUUUCGAUCAGGUGCUAAGCCAUCGACCUAUGCUUAUCCCGAGCCUUUGAAGCCACCCAAGAAAGAGGAGAAGGAAAAGGUUACUACUGCAGUCCUGUCUGUUACUGCUAAGGUUAAAGCAAGAGCUAAGAAAGCAGAAGGAACUGAAGAAAAGAUGGAAGUGGAUCAAGAAUCAACUCAAACCAAGAAAGAAGGCAAAGACGCAGAGAAAAAAUCAGAUUCCACACCAGCAAAUGCAAAAGAAACUGAAAAGUCAAAAGAAAGCGAAAAAGAAAAAGAUGAAUCCGUUACAGAGAAAAGUGAAAAAGAAAAGAGCGAAAAAGAGAAAAGUGACAGCACAGAAGCACCAGCCGAUAAACCAGAACCAGACUUUCAACUCGUUGAUAAUCCAGCUAGAGCAAUCACAUCACAGUUGAAAGUUAUAAGUUUACCACAAGAUGCCAGAUACUUUCCUAUGAAACCGUGUCAUACGGGUGGUAUUAUCAUGAUGACGGACUCCAAGUCUGAUGAACCGGAAGACCUCAUAGAACCAUUGCCAGCAUCUUCCACCUUGGGUCUUGAGGAAGAAGAAGACGAACCUGAACCACCUGAGCCGUUCGAGUACACAGACGAAGACUAGUUUAUGAAAAUGUCAAAUCGUUGUUUGUGGUGCUACAUAGAUGUUCAGCGGCAUGUAGGAUGGCCGUGGUACAUGCGCACUAGAAUACUGUGUAAAUUGAUAAAUGUUAAAUGAUGCCCGGUGUCGUCAAUAAAGUAUGUUUCAUGUAUAUUACCA